CGAGUCCACGCGUCCGAAAAGUAGGUUAGCAGGCUGGAUUGAGAGGGAGGGAGGCACACACACUCAGUUCUGAUCACGCACAAACGUGUAAUCAACGUGGUUUUGCUCAGAUAUUUUUUUAUUCUAAGCACCACAGGGACGUUUAAGGAAGUAGACGGGUUUGAACUGUUUUGAUUCUUUUAAUUUUUUUUCCCCCUCUCUGCCGAUGAUGCGCUCCAUCGGAGCUGAAACAUUAUAUUGGGUUAGCCUAAUAAGCUUACUUAAGCUAACUACCUAGGUCUUCAACUUGUUUUCUUUUGAGCAUCUUGUGGACUUCUGUCUAAAAAUCUCAACAACAAAUCUAAAAAUGAGAGCUCAAAUAGAGGUGAUUCCGUGUAAGAUCUGCGGUGAUAAGUCCUCCGGGAUCCAUUAUGGUGUCAUCACCUGUGAAGGCUGCAAGGGAUUUUUUCGCCGCAGCCAGCAGAACAAUGCCAUGUACUCAUGUUCUCGGCAGAGGAACUGCCUGAUCGACCGAACCAACCGGAACCGUUGCCAGCACUGUCGUCUCCAGAAGUGCCUGGCACUAGGCAUGAGCCGAGAUGCGGUGAAGUUUGGGCGCAUGUCUAAAAAGCAGCGCGACAGCCUGUACGCAGAGGUGCAGCGGCACCAGCAGCUGGCGCGGGAACCCGAGGAGGCGGGCGAGGACAGCGGACACGUCCGCUCGUACGGCAGCACGGGUUCCAGCACCACCCUCAGCGAUCUAGACGACAUCACCACGCUGCCCGACGGCCUGCUCUUUGACCUGCCGCUCACACCGGGGGAGGCAGCUGAGUACUGCGCACUGGAACUGCUUGAAGGCGGGGCUAGUAGUGGAACAGGCAGUGCGGUGAGCAGCAGCUCAUCCAAUCAGAGCUCUCCAGAAUCUAGCAUGCUGGAUAUGGCGGAAGCAGGCCGGGUGAAGCACGAGUACCAGCUGCUGCCUGAACCCAGCCUGCUCACACACACCCUGCUGGGGGCGCUGUCCAAUGACUGCUCUCUGCUUGAUAUAGAGCGGGUCACUCAGAAUGUGGUGAAGUCACAUUUAGAGACGUGUCAGUACAGCACAGAGGAGCUGAAACGACUCACUUGGAACCUAUAUACGCCCGAGGAGACCCACUCCUUCCAGCUCAAGUCUGCCGAGUGGAUGUGGCAGCAGUGUGCCGUGCACGUCACCAACGCCAUCCAGUACGUGGUGGAGUUUGCCAAGCGGGUCAGCGGCUUCAUGGACCUCUGUCAGAACGACCAAAUUAUUCUCCUUAAAGCAGGCUGCUUAGAGGUUCUGCUGAUCCGCAUGUGCCGCGCGUACAACUCCGCCAACAACACGAUGUUUUUCGACGGCAAGUUUGCCAGCCCUCAGCUCUUUAAAGCGCUAGGCUGUGAUGACCUGGUGAAUGCCAUCUUUGAGUUCGCCAAGAGUCUGUGUCGCUUGCAGCUGAGUGAUGAAGAGAUGGCCCUGUUCAGCGCUGCCAUCUUGCUAUCACCUGAUCGCCCGUGGUUAACAGAGAGUCAGCAGGUGCAAAAGCUGCAGGAGAAGGUUUAUUUGGCCCUGCAGCACAGUCUGCACAUGGGAGGAGGCGGGCAGGAGAAACUAGACAAGAUGGCGUCCAAGCUGCCGCAGAUGAAGUCCAUCUGUAACCUCCACAUCGACAAGCUGGAGUUUUUCCGGCUGCUCCACCCCGAAACGGCCUACAGCUUCCCUCCUCUCUACAGGGAAGUGUUCGGCAGCGAGAUCAACUUCCCUGACUCUACUGACAGUUAGAGGCGAGGAAAGAGAGACGGAGGGGUUGGGGGAUGUUGCAGAAGAGGAAGAAGAGGUGCAGAGAGAGGAUGUGUGAAAGAGAGGAGGGAUAUAAAGAAUAGUGGAGGCCUGAGGUGUGAACUUUUUAGUGUGGAAAAACCUGUAAAAACCUCUUAGCAGCCCAGACAAUCAGGCGUUUUUUGUUUUUUUUUGGUUACACCACUAAUUAGCACAGGGGCCAACACACAACACUCUCUGCACACAUGACUAACACAUCUCACACUUUUUAAAAAAGCAGCACUUUCCUGUUAUUUAGGGACGUCUAUUAAAGCAGAGGUUCAUUAUCCUGUCCUCAGGGAUCCUCUGCUGGUACAGAUUUUUGUUCUGGUCCUUUCCUCAAUGCACUUCUAGCAGAAAAAUUCAGGUGCGCUAACAUCUGAGAAUCAAAUCCCCUUUACGCUGGACUAAUUAACGAAUGAAUGUAUGUCCCUGUAACAGCACUUGCCAUGCGACCGAAUGUAUGUACUGCACUUUGGUUCGCGGAAAUGCUUAACGAAACCGGUGUCGGUUUCCACGUGACAAUCGAGAAUCUUCUUGAAAGCGGUCAGUGCCCAGAUGAUCGGUAGUGCAACAGGACCAACCUCCGUGUGCUGGUAGGGCUGGGCGAUACGAUGAUAUGAUCUAUAGAUAUCGAUAGCAUGCUGAUGUUCGUGACACCUUUCUGAAAUAUCGCGGGUAUCAUCUGUGUUACACUGUUUAAAUUCCUUACUGCAGAUAAGAACUAUAUUACUGUAUAAAGUGGUUUAUUUUUCUUGUUAAAUUGUAUGUCAUAUAAUCAGAGGUAUGUCGUAUAAGUACGCCAUUACAAGACGAUGUUCUCGGUCCGAUACGGUUGCGUAUCUAAAGUUAGUGGACAAUUCAUCACGAAGUAACACUUGCAUGUAUUUUACAAGAGUUGUAAUAAACAUCCAUCACUACAUUUUAUAGACCAUUUAUACUACAGAGUGUGGAGACUAUCCCAGAGGAUAGAGGCAGCGAGUGCACUGGACACAUAACAGGGCACCAUCACAUACACUCCUAUUCUACACACCCAUUCACACACUACAGACAAUUUAGAGAUGCCAGUCAGCCUGCAACAGGUGUCUGGAUGGAAGGAGGAAACCAGAAAACCCCUCAGGAAACUCCCAGGGGGCUGGCACAAGCACUCAAACCCCCAGCCCCACAAGUGUGAGGCAAACCAUGUUACCCACAAAGCCACCAUAUUCUUGUUUAAUAACGAGUUAAACUGAAUCAAGCCCAUGCUCUCUCUCAAGUCGGCAGAGGUUAUGAGACUUUCUCCUACAAGCCAGAGAGAUCCAUUCAGCCAGUUAUAAAUCUCUGCUUUAACCCGAGCGAAAGAAAGCUCCACAGGUAGUGGAGAAGCAGCUAUUUGAAAGAUGAGCUGGCUAACAACACAACAGGACACACCCGCUAGCGAGUCAAACCAGAAAUAAACUACAUUACAUUCUGUUCACGUUUUUAAUGCACAACUUUCGGUUUCGUUAUGCGCUGCUACAAACGAGUCGUUGUCGUACUUUUACAAUGCCGAAUGUUUUUACUCAACCGAAAAAGAAAACCCUAACGCACAUAUUCACACACUUUUUCCUCCUACGAUACAUCACCGUAUUGUGACACAAUCCCUGGCAAAAAAAAAUAAAAAUCUCAUGAUAUCUCUUAUCUUUUUAUGACAAUAUGAUACUGUUUGCUUUUUUUUAUUAUUAUUAUUAUUAUAUAUAUCGCCCAACCCUGCAAGCCGGCGUAAUUUAUAUAACGUGCAAUAAAAACGUGUCACAAAGUAUUACGUCGGGCAAAAGAAGCUCACACUUCCUCAGGCACGAGUGUUCUGACAGUAUUCUCUGCUGCUCUUAAAUGACUUAUGUUUUUCUUAUUUAAAAAAACUGCAAUGAGAAACCUCAGUCCCAGCACAUCUGUCCUUGUGUAAAAAAAAAACAAAAAACAAAAACAGUGUAAAAUGUGUUCCUUUUUCAUUCAUUUAUAGAUAUUUUGAUUAAGGGUGCAUAUUAUGGAUAUGAAGAGAAGGAGAGAGAGAGCAGGGCUUUAAAGAAAGAGUGAGGCCUGGACUCCCUGCUUGGCCAGGAUCAGUGAUCAGUGAUCAGGAAGUAGGCGAUGCAAACAAGGAACGUUCUUUGAAAAAUGUUCCAGCUGUAAUCGGAUAUUUUUAAUUUUUGGAGGAUUUUGGGCACGGCGUGUUAUGAACUGCUCUGCAAUACUUGACACAAAGGACGCUUAGUACGAGCCCAAACCGUGACACUCCAGAAGAUGCGUUUGAUUAUUUGUUUUGUUUUGUUUUUUUUUUGGACCCACUGAUGAAGAAGGAUGUUCAGGGACCUGGAAAACAUUCAAGAACCCUUCUCUCAUGGCUGACGGUCGAAGGAGCAAUGAAUGAAUGAAUGAAUGACUGUGCUGUUGGAAAGAGCUGAUGCGUAGACUAUCACUGCAAAUGAAAAGAUGACCUGUCCGUAUGUCACACACACACACACACACACACACACACGUUCAGGAUGUGACGGUGCAUGUGUGUUCGCUGUAUUAUUUUGUAAAUCGUGACUACCUUUUACCCAUGUCGGUGUCCACUUCCUGUUUCUCCACGCCUCUUCUUCCUGCUCGUACACUUCAGCAUGCUGAAAGGAAAGCAGAGUCACUAGCAUUCCCCCACACCCAGAGGAAGGGCUUAGUGUAGGCUUUCUCAUCGAACUCUCUGAUAACACUACAAUUAGUCUCUGAUACUCAACAGAUGGUUUUCAAAUAGUGUUAUAUUCACAUCUGGAUUCACAUCGCUAUGGAAACGUAAGUCCACGUGGUGGAGUCGGGCCUGAUCCAGUGUGGGUGGAGUCGAAGGAAAUAGCAGAGGGACAGGUGGAGACAACUUGUUAGGGAUUUUCAUGCUUGAAGUAAUGAUUGUAAAUCCUGAGGAAAGAGAAUUAUAUCGUUUCACCUUUCAUGCUGCUCAUCUUUUAACAGUUAAUCCUGGCUAUUCAUGAUCUGUCAGUUCACUGUAUAUUCCUAAACCCUGGCUUAAUGUUCUUAUUUACGUAUUCACAGUGUCAGCAACCAGGAUUGAAGACAUAGAGCAGAUCUUGUCUUGUGCUUGUGCAUCAGUGAGGGGGGGAAAAAGGCAGAUUUGUAUGGCCAAUCUUUCAGAUUUUAGGUCUAAAUUUAAAGUAAAUAAAAGACUUCUGUUCUGCACAUGGACAGACAUUGUUAUCUUUUACGGCUUUCUGGUCUUUGGUUCGAUUAUUGAUAUCCAGUAAUAUUCCAGUAAAUUUUCCCUCGUUUCCUUAAACACUCAGUUAUUCCUGACUGCCAUCCAAAUUUUUCUGACCAUAACUGUAGAAACCUCCUCUUCACUCCAAUUGACACAUUUUCCACCACAAGUGGACGUAUUUAUUCAUCUUUUCCUUCAAAUGCUGUACCUAGUGUUUACACAAAACAUAAGGUUUCUGUAAUGGUACCAAGCAUGUGAUAUGAGGCAUGUAAUUUCUGUUGCUAAGCAUCCAGCCGUAACUUUCUACCAUCGCAUUGUUUCACACUGUACACUGUAUAAGUCAUGCUAAACCUGCUUUGGGGUUAAAAACAGGAUGACAACCCAGUGUUAAAUGCAAAGGAAAGUGUGGUGUUCUGUGUAUUACAGCAUGUUAGGGGUUAGGAUUAUAACAGGACUCGGAUCAGGAUCGGGAUCAGGUCCAGCUCCACCUCCUAGACUUUUGGUUCUUAAGCAUGGACUUUCUCGAAUUCCGAGCAGCCCGAAGCACUCGAAACGUUCUUUAACUACUGAGAAACGAAUACGUCAUUAACACUAACAGGAUUUGCACACUGUGGAUAGCUUUAAGCUACGUCGAGAAUGAUGUAUGAUCAUUAUUUUGGAUUUAGGUGCACGCCGCGUCCUCAUUUUUUAAGGUACAUGUACAUCACAAGCAGACUAAUUUCUCCGGGUGCUCAGUUUGCUCUGGUUAUCAGUUGUAUGAGGAAACAAACAAUCUUCUGUUUUCCAUCCACUUGUUACAAAAAAUGAGCAUUUUUGUAUAAAUCUAGAAAUCACUCAGGGAGCUAGCUGGUCUCUGUUUCCACCAGUCUCCUAGCUUUGCCAACCAGACACAAAACACACACACACACAAACACACACACAUAUGCACACAGAUAUAAUGGCACCCCACUUUUUGCACCGAACAAGAGACCCGUAUCCUCAAUCACUGUGUCCUUUAGCUAGACAUAUAAUACAGUAUAUAUUUUUGUGAAUGUCAAGCACAAAGUGUCAAAGACCUUUCCUCUUUCUUCUGAUGUUGAACUGUAAAAGACUUUUAAGUAUGACUUAUAUUAGGUAUAGUCUAUUAACUAGUUUGAAAAGGAAAAAAAAAGAUUAAAAAAUGAAUCUUAUUCAUUGAUGUAUGUUGUUUUUAUGUGAGCUAGUUCGGUUGGACUGUAACUGUUUGAUCCAUUUAGAAUCGUGUGUCCGGCAAACCUGUCUCGUUCGUCUCAUGCUGUUUUAACAUGAUAGAAAUACCGAGAAAAAAAAAAUUCCUUUAACGUCUGUUGGGUGUUUGAUGACAAAAUGUUCGAAUCUCAUACCAGUUCAUCUCAUUGUAACGCCAUGUAAAAAGAUGUGCUUUAAAGAAUGUAAUAAAGUGGGGUUUUUUCUACUA